AUACAUCACCAAACGCAUCGAUUCACAAACACACUGUUAUUAAGUAACCGAUGACUUCGUCAGAUUUAGCAACGAACGCCCAAACACGAUAGCGAAACUUACGAAAAUAUAGGUCGAACGGUUUAUUAUCCUAGACUAGGUAGCGAACGCGUUUCAAUGGCAGGGGACGAAAGUGUCUUUCUGAGAGCGAAGGAUCGGAGUUAUAAGGGCCUGACAGAAGAUGAACAGAAGGAGUGGAGUGGGCCCUUUUACUUCAUCCAGGCUGCGGACCCCCAGCUUGGCCUGAUGAAGGCGUGGAGGAUUGGUGACUGUGAUUCAGGAGGGGAUGAGUGGACCGAGGAGGUUCAGCUCACAAAACAGGCAGUUCAGGCAAUCAACAAACUACAGCCCAGACCUCGCUUCCUGGUCCUGUGUGGAGACCUGGUCCAUGCUAUGCCUGGAUGUCCGUUCAGAGAAGAACAGGUUAAGGACCUCAAAGAAGCACUGAGAGGAAGUGACCCCGACAUUCCUCUAGUGUUCGUCAGUGGCAACCACGAUCUUGGCAACACACCCACUCCGGAGAGCGUGGAGCAGUUCUGCCGUGACUGGGGCGAUGAUUACUUUAGUUUUUGGGUGGGUGGGGUGUUGUGUUUGGUGUUGAACUCUCAGUUCUUCUUCGACUCAUCAGGCUGCCCUGAGUUAAUGGAGGCCCAUGAGGUCUGGCUGGAGAGCCAGCUGCAAAGAGCCAUCCAUACCCCCUCCCGCCACGUGCUUGUCUUCCAGCACAUUCCGCUCUUCCUCCAUAAACCUGACGAAGAGGAUGACUACUUCAACCUGCAGAAGGGAAUCAGAGAGCGCUUGAUCCAGAGAUUCAAACAAGCAGGGGUGAAAGCUGUGUUCUCCGGGCACUACCACAGAAAUGCAGGGGGCUGCUAUGAUGGGCUGGAUAUGGUGGUGAGCUCCGCUGUUGGUUGUCAGCUGGGAGAUGACUCUCAUGGCGUGCGAGUGGUAGUAGUUACUGAAGAUGACAUCAUCCAUCGCUACCAUAGUCUGGACCAAUUAACCGAAAGAGGAAUGGACGAAGACCUGAAGAAAUUGUUGGUUUGAAUCCACCUCCAGGUCACUAAUCAUGUGAUUGUCUCCAUACUUUAAUCAUGCAAAUGCGUCUGAGAAUUCCUUAAACACUGAAGUUAAAUCACUGAAGUUAAAUCAUACUAAUGGAGUGAGGAGAUGCUAGGGUACAAUGGUAGUUUAAUAGUGCUGAACAUUUUGGAUGACAGUUUGAUGAGUUCACUCCUUGCUCCUCUGCUCAUUACUCUGUUCCAACUCUGAGAGGAGGAAAGAGGCAAUCUCCAUGGUAACUAUUGAAAGACGUGGCUGCGGUGACCGGGACAUCGAGUCACUUGUUCUGUGGGUGGAUCACCAAAAACAUAAUUGCUGACCUUACCUCACACUUAGAAGCGCCCGAAAACAGCGGGGUGUGACUGAACGGCUUUGGCGGCAAGC